ACUGCUGUCCAAAAGGAACAAACAACCUAGGACCGUCCUUUAAACUUCUAGUACCCACAUUUGAGCUCAAAAAUGGCAUUGUACCGCCGUCUUUCUCGAACUUCCCGUGUCUUCCAAUGGCACCCUCGCCCCUCUGUCGCUGCCCUCUACUCUUCCCGCGAUCAAACAAACCCUAGCCCAACUGAUCCUCAUUCUCUGUUAAUUAACCCCUUUCAAUCUUCUUCUUCUGAUCAUUAUAUACCCAACUCCAAUUUGAAGAAAUCGUUGACAUAUUAUUACUCUCCACAUUCUUCAAGAAUUGAACUUUUAGGGUACCGUCAAGUUCUUCACUUUUCAACCUUUGCUAAUUCAGAAGAAGAGAAGAAGAAUGAGCAACAAAAGCAUUCUUGGAUUGAUACGUAUUUGCCCCAAAGAAUUAGACCCUAUGCUCAUCUUGCCCGACUUGAUAAGCCUAUUGGCACUUGGUUACUCGCUUGGCCCUGCAUGUGGUCGAUUGCUUUGGCUGCUACGCCAGGGAGCCUUCCUGAUGUGAAAAUGAUGACACUAUUUGGUUGCGGGGCUUUGCUUUUGCGAGGUGCUGGUUGUACAGUUAACGAUCUUCUUGAUCGAGAUAUUGACACUAAGGUGGAAAGAACAAGGUCGAGGCCAGUCGCGAGUGGUGUAUUGACACCCUUUCAAGGGCUCUGUUUCCUUGGCUUCCAGUUGCUACUAGGUCUUGGGAUUCUCUUGCAAUUAAACAAUUUUAGCCGCAUUUUGGGUGCUUCAUCCCUGUUGCUGGUCUUCUCAUACCCCCUCAUGAAGAGGUUUACUUUUUGGCCUCAAGCCUAUCUUGGUCUAACUUUCAACUGGGGAGCUUUGUUAGGUUGGGCUGCUAUUAAAGGAAGUAUUGAUCCUGCAGUAGUGCUUCCACUGUACGCCUCUGGGGUGUUUUGGACGCUCGUGUAUGACACAAUAUAUGCACAUCAGGAUAAAGAAGACGAUCUCAAAGUGGGUGUCAAGUCUACAGCCUUGAGAUUUGGGGAUUCCACAAAAGAAUGGAUCAGUGGUUUUGGAUUAGCAUGCAUCAGCAGUCUUGCUCUUUCCGGAAUUAAUGCCGAUAUUGGAUGGCCAUACUAUGCAUUUCUGACAGCUGCUUCUGGCCAGUUGGCUUGGCAAAUUUGGACCGUUGACCUAUCAUCUCGUGCAGAUUGCAACAGAAAAUUUGUGUCCAACAAAUGGUUUGGUGCUUUUGUCUUUGGUGGGGUUCUAUUUGGAAGACUAUUGUGACUAUAGUAGAUAAAGAACAAGGCUUAUUGUACGACUGGAGAUAGGCCUAAAACUCUAGUUCAAGUAUUCUUUGACCAGGUUGUGUCGUGGGAGCUCAAUUUUGGAGCUUGCAACGAAUCUCCAGCUGAGUCGUCCGAAGCUGCAUUUGGGUUUACAAGAAACAUCUGCAGGAUUUGUCACUGAUUCUUUUGCAGAUUUUUGUUUGGAGAUAUGGCAAAAAGGUUUCCCCCUAGCUCUCUUUGGAAGUUCAAAGCUGUAUCACCUAGGUCAGUUAACCAGAGAAAUCUCCAAAUACAGUAACGUCAACUUGUAUUUGUUGGCCAAUGUUGUUGUAGCCUGUAAGUUCCAUUUUCAGUCAGGGUAUUUGAUUGCGUAAAUGUUACAUUAAACACGUGUAGACUUUCUUUUUAAUGUAUUCACUAAAUAGUUUUGGCUGCUUAGACAUGCUUACUCUAUACAUAUAUGUAUAUGUGCAUCCAAAUGUUAUAGCCUGUAAUGGAUGAUAGAUAUAUCCUCUCA